AUGCACUUACAUUUGGAGAAGUGUAGUGUAGUAGAUUAUUCUCAGGUGUGUUGUAGGGUAGAAUAUUAUUCUCAGGUGUGUUGUAGGGUAGUAGAUUAUUCUCAGGUGUGUUGUAGGGUAGUAGAUUAUUCUCAGGUGUGUUGUAGGGUAGUAGAUUAUUCUCAGGUGUGUUGUAGGGUAGUAGAUUAUUCUCAGGUGUGUUGUAGGGUAGUAGAUUAUUCUCAGGUAUGUUGUAGGAUAGUAGAUUAUUCUCAGGUGUGUUGUAGGUUGUAGAUUAUUUUUAGGUGUGUUGUAGGGUAGUAGAUUAUUCUCAGGUGUGUUGUAGGGUAGUAGAUUAUUCUAAGGUGUGUUGUAGAGUAGUAGAUUAUUCUCAGGUGUGUUGUAGGGUAGUAGAUUAUUCUCAGGUAUGUUGUAGGGUAGUAUAUUAUUCUCAGGUAUGUUGUGGGGUAGUAGAUUAUUCUCAGGUGUGCUGUAGGGUAGUAGAUUAUUCUCAGCUGUGUUGUAGAGUAGUAGAUUAUUCUCAGGUGUGUUGUAGGGUAGAAGAUUAUUCUCAGGUGUCUUGUAGAUUAUUCUCAGGUGUGUUUUAGGGUAGUAGAUUAUUCUCAGGUGUGUUGUAGAGUAGUAGAUUAUUCUCAGGUGUUCUGUAGUGUAGUAGAUUAUUUUCAGGUGUUCUGUAGGGUAGUAUAUUAUUCUCAGAUGUGUUGUAGGGUAGUAGAUUAUUCUCAGGUGUGCUGUAGUGUAUUAGAUUAUUCUCAGGUGUGCUGUAAGGUAGUAGAUUAUUCUCAGGUGUUCUGUAGGGUAGCAGAUUAUUCUCAGGUGUGCUGUAGUGUAAUAGAUUAUUCUCAGGUGUGCUGUAAGGUAGUAGAUUAUUCUCAGGUGUUCUGUAGGGUAGCAGAUUAUUCUCAGGUGUAUUGUAGGGUAGUAGAUUAUUCUCAG